AUGGCUAAACGGGCCGAGGAUGAGUUGGGCGCAAAAAUGGACCGGUGUUUCGCAGACAGUUUGGUGAAAUUGGUCGGUGGAGUGGCGAUCGGGAUCGUCGCAUCAGUGGCAUUCUUGAAAGGACGAACAUGGCCGGUGUGGUUCGGAUCGGGUGUUGGAAUUGGCGCUGGUUGGUCGAAUUGCCGACACGAUCUUUCUGCUCCAUUUCUCCUUCACGGUCGCAAAGUUACCUCGGGAACCGAUGCUCAGGGAAAACCAGUCAUUAAUAUCGUGCCGGAGAAGAGCUCU